GAUUUUCUCGACGGCGAGGACGAUUUUGACGAUCUGGAUGAGGAUUCUAGUUUUUAAGAGGCUUCUUCAUCUUCUGCAAGUUUUUGAUUCUUGAACAUCUAGUCGUGCUAGUAUUUAAAGAUAGGCAGAGCUAGAGGUGUCCUAUCUGUGAAGACACAGAGUUUUGUUUCAAAAAGGGACCCAAUAUAGUACUUAAGUAGAGCUAGAGGCGUAGUAGAUUUGAUUUUGAAGACACUCUUUUGCGUCAAAGAUGAGUGCCUCCACAGUCUUAGAAGACGGAGGGAGGGCAACGAACAUAGUUCAGGGAAGAGCGCGAAGGUCAAGGUCUAAACUUUUCUUGCCUUACCGCCUGUCGUGGACUACCCGUUGGAAGAAAGUGCUUCGCUUCUUGAAACAGUUAAGGGUGGCCGUAGUGACUCACAACAAUUUUUCGCCUCUUCGCAAAAUCAUGGAGGUGGCCUUCCGUCUGUGGUGCCAUUGCUUAUAUUGGAUCGCCCCGAAAAAAUCAACUUCAACUUUGCAGUAUGUGCAUGUUCUUGAGCAACUACUGCAUUAUAAUAUCGUUAAAUUGAUUUUGAUUUCCGCCAUGGAUCUGCAUCAUCUCCAUGGAUCUGCAUCCUUCGUGGUUUUCGUCUAAUCCAGCAGGAGAUGGCAAGGGAGAAGUACUCAAUGUUAUGGAUGCGAUCUUGCCGCACAAAAUUUGCAGUAAUGUUAAGGGUUACCACGACAUUGCAUUCUUCACUACCAUCCUUGACUUUUUUUUCCAGGGAUGAUCUGAAGAAUGCAAUUAUGUGGUAACCUCUAAUAUAAUGAAUAUUCCUGGUCCUCGUGAGCAGCAGUUGUAGGUGUACUAUCUUCAUGUUGGCUCUCAUGACUUUUUCUACUAGGUACUAGGUCAAAAAAAGUCUAUGUCAUCUUAUUCAGCCUCUUGAAAAAAAUCUAGUUCGUCUAAGCAGCAGAGAAACGGUAUUGGAAGAGUGAUGUGGAACUUGGGUCUUUACGACACGAAAGGGCACAUAGCGAAGUCCAAGCCCUUCGUGGUGCUCGACAACGGACACCAUUACCGGGAGUUGAAAAAAAUUUUCUCGUUAUGA